AUGGCGAUAGGUAGAAGUUUUGUAAGUAUUCUACGCAAAUUAUCCUCCUUCAAGGUUCCAGUGAACCCUUCUUCAUUUCCGUUCUCUCAGGAAGUUGCCCUAGAGAUUCUUGAGUAUCUCAUACCAGAGUUGUCCUUAGCCUUUCCUUUCUUUGGUAGAUUAUUCAACACUCGUGUGAAAAUCUGCACUACUUGCAACGCUUGCAAUAAUAUUAGCACCUCUUACCAAGUAAGUCCAUUUCUUCAACUGCCCUUGACAUCAUCUGUACAAUCUUCAGUAGAUAACUUUUUGGAGAGCGAAGAAUUGUCAGGUGUUAACUCGUACUUCUGUCACUACUGCAAUAAUUACCAAACUGCGACGGUUGAAAAAGAGGUCGCAGAGUGCAGUUCAAAUUUGAUUCUGCAAUUAAAGCGCUUUGCCUAUAACAAAGGUCUUGUGUCUAAGGUUUGUUCUCCUGUCACAUCUUACCCGGGCACCGUUUCUAUACCUAUCACUGUAGAAAGUGAAGUCUCUUGUUGCAAGCACUACAAAUUAAGGGCUGUAAUUAACCACUCUGGAAAUUUGAACAAUAGCCAUUACACUAAUGUUGCUUAUAACCAAGUACAUGGUAAGUGGUUUCAUUUCAACGACAGAGCAGUGGUCCCUUGCAAACAACGCUUGCUAAAUGGUGCACAAACGUACAUCCUUUUCCUUGAAGAGCUUAGUGCCGCAACUGGGGUAAAAGCUAUUACUGACAGAUUGGACAAAAUUUACUUAAAGGAUGAAAAUCAAACUGCGUACCUGGCUUAUGAAACCUUUGAAAAAUAUAAACGACCCUCUGAGAUGAGCAUGAAUGAUUACCUUAUAGAGUUUGAACGAUUAUAUCACAAAAUCCAAGUUCACCGUAUGGAAGUUCCUGAUGGAGUUUUGGCUGAUAAACAGUCAGAAGAGUAUCCAGGUGGAACAAGAUUUAAAUUUGGAGAUAGCGAAGCAGUUUGUUCCAUAAAACGAGUAAUCUUACCUGUAAUCAUUGGUUCAAAAGAGGUGAAUCUAGAAACAGAAGUUGUACCCAAUGAAAUACCUUUGCUUUUAAGUCAAACAUCUUUGAGAAAAGCAGAUGCAGUUUUAGAUUUUAAAAGGAGAAUUGUGCUUGUAGAUGCAUUUUCUCUAGAGGAAAUAGAAUUAGAUGAAAAGAAUUAUGACCAUUUGCUUCCUCAAGUUGCUUUUGUAUGCGCAAGUGAGAAAUCCAACAAAAACAAGAUCGUCAAACUUCAUCGUCAGUUCUGUCAUCCAAGUGCUGAGAAAUUAAAAUCUCUUAUUUAA